AUGCUAUCCUCUUACGCCUCAUAUACUAACCUUUUCCGCCUCAACUGGUACCCUCAUCCGCCUCACCUGCUAUACUCUUCCUCCGCACCUGCUAUACACUUCCGCCUCAACUGCUAUACUCUUCCGCAGCACCUGGUACCAUCUUUUGCCUCAAAUGCUAUCCACUUCCUCAUCAACUGCUAUCCUCUCCCGCGUCACCUGCUAACCUCUUCCGCUUCAACUGGUACCCUCUUCCGCCUAACCUGCUAUCCUCUUCGGUUUCACCUGCUAUCCUCUUCCGCCUCACCUGCUGUCCUCUUCCUCUUCACAUGCUAUCCUCUUCCGCCUCACCUGCUAUCCUCUUCCGCCUCACCUGCUAUCCUCUUCGUCUUUUUACAUAAUAUUUUUAUACUAUUAUUUCUUCUGUAUAACAUGGUCCCGCCCUUUUAUAGUCUAGACGCACUGAAUAGCCUACAUCAUUCAGAUUUCGAGCGCUUAAUCAUUGUCUUUGUACUUCCAUUUUUCCUUAAAUCUUCCUCAUUUCUCGAUUCGUCUUUCCUUGAUGGAACCGCGUCUCUCUCUCUCUCUCUCUCUCUCUCUCUCUCUCUCUCUCUCUAUCUAUCUAUCUAUCUAUCUAUCUAUCUCUUCAUCUGUGAAGAAAUUGCCAAAUAUUCACUGGCAUAG